AUGUCCAACAACGACCUCCAAUCUAUCUUGGCCCGCCAUAACCUCAAAGGCAUAAACGUAGCCAAUUUUUCUCAACCACGUGCUCAUCAACCUACCGCUUCUCGUCCUCAACCAUACCAAUAUCCAGCGCCUGUACCGCAACCUCAACAGGUGUAUCAGUAUCCUGCUGUGCCUAGACAGCAAUGGGCACCACCGAGUCUUGGAGGUGGAGGAGUGCAAGGAGGACAAGGGCAAGUACAGUUUAGACCGAGUUCUGCUUGGCCAUCGGCGCCACAGCCGCAGUAUACGAUUGAUCCGAGACAUUAUAGCUAUAAUAUUUGGGGCAAGGCUCCGGUGUAUUCUUUGACUGGAGAGGAUGAGGAGGAAAAUGAGGAGAGCGAGGACGAGGGAGAAGGAGAGGCCGAGGGUGGGGACGACGGGAUAGCGGUGGAAGAUGUUGAUGCUGAUGCUGGUACAAAGGCGGAGGAAAGUAUAGAUGCCGAGAAAGCAGGAACCCAGCACAUUGUCACAGAUGAGCCGACGGAAAAGACGAAUAAUAUACCUCCUGCUGAGCCUUCACCCGAGGACUCUGCUACACCAGUCGCAGAAGAAACUGCCGCCGAACCAGCGAAAGAGGAACCUAUCCCUGAACCGCCAUCAGAAGACCCGCCUUCCGGACCUAUACAAGCGGACACUCAGCCUGCUGUCGCUGAGGAACCCCCAGUCGCUCCCUCUUCAGAGGGAGAAGCAGCCAUUUCCGCGACCACAUCACCAGAGCUAGACCCGGUGCCCGAAGCUUCCCAAGAUUCUGCUGCGCCAGCUCCGGCGGAAGAAGAAGCUCUCGAAUCUGGGCCUGCGGUAGAAGAUCCUGUCAGCUCAGAGAAUGCGGAUGCGGAUGCUCAGGCUUCGGAGGAAAAUAUAGAGGUUGUUCAUGCCUUGGCAGAGGAGCAAGCUUCUGAGGAGCCAGCCGUUGCUGCUGUGCUACCAAACGACGAAACCCCGACAGCGGAUACAGUAGCGACAAUUGAGGCGACUGGGAAAGCAGAUUCUGAAGACGAGGCAGUUCCUGGAGCAGAUAUCAUAGAGGAUGCUGCUGAGGCUCCGGAACCGGCUGGUGACACACUUACGGUAGAUGACCCUCCUAAGGAGACACCACCUUCCGAGGACUCUCCAUCUCAAGACUCUUCCACAAAAGACCUUCCCCCUGUGGACAGUCCUGACAAGGACACCGCAGAAGAAGUCCCUCCAUCUGCCGAGCCAUCGCCCGCUGAUCAGGAUGCCGAGACAAUCUCAGAGCCAGAGCCGCAGAGCGAUGUCACUCCAGCGCCCGAGCCAGAUAGUGUCGCCGUGGAUGAACCCACCAUUGAGGCAGUCGAACAGCGACCUCCUGCCACAGAAAUCGAGAAUCAGCCUGUCGAGGCAGUUCAAGUUAUCGACAACACCGACUUACGAGAAGAGCCUGCAACCAUAGUCAUCCAUGUCGGUGGCGAGGAGACAAUAUCUGACAACACAGUUGUGAUCGUGGAUGUCCCUCCUUCCAAUCCAGACGCCAUCAUCGACGUUCCACCUCCUCCACCUCCAGCUCCUCAUGUCACCAUCGCCGAGCCCAUGAAACCUUCCAAAGUCAGCAGCAAGAAGAAUUCCAGUAAAUCCAGUAAAUCUCGACAACCAGAGAAGCCGAAAGAAGUCAAGCCAGUCGAGAUCAUUCCUCUCAAAGAAGGCAAACCCAGGACUGCCGCAAAGAGCAAAGGCAAGGUGAAGAAGUCUCGAGGGAAGGUCGUCGAGAAAGCUAUGAAAGUGUUCGAGGAUUCUCCUCCGCCGCCGCCAUUGGUUGUCGCUGUUCCAGAGGAUGCUGCCAUCGAUGUGCCACCGCCUGCACCAUCACCACCGCCGGCUGAGAGUAUUAUAGAGGUCGCCGGAGUCGAAGAGAUGCAGAUUAUCGAUGUCGUGGACGAAGAUCAGAACAUCGAAGAAACCGCUGCUGAAGUCGAGAGUAUAGCUGCUUUCCCCGAGGAAGAAGCAGCAGGGCAUCAAGACCAAGACACUGUUGCCGAGUCCUUAUCAUCAUGUUCAUCAGAUCCUGAGCCUGCCGCAGAGCCCAUCUCCACAUCACCUUCUGAGGAGUCCAACGCCAUGGUAGAGCAAGCAGAUAGUAUAGCCGUCGAGUUGCCAGAAGCCGUUCAAGAAGUAGCGGUGAGCGCCGAACCGCCUGUCGAGGACCUGGCCCUAGCUGACGCAACCACCGACGAGACAGUGGCAAAGGAUGCUAUCGAUGGAGAUGCUGUUGAGACCAUGUCGCCGGCCAUACCUCCUCCCGCAGACGACUCCGAAAGUAUAGUUGAUGAGCCAUGUGCAUCUGUCCAAGAAGCUAUGAUCGGCGACAGCCCAGCGACCAUAGAAGAGGGUCUCGCUGAAACUUCUGAAGAGACAGUGCCUGCUGAAACCACCGAGCUUGACGUCGUUGACUCAGCUGUGGAGAAAACGGUAGAUAGUAUAGCCAUGGAAGAUUCCUCGGGCUCUGACGAUACAACGGCAAUUUCUGUUGAGCCUGCCGCUGAGAAGCCAGAACUUGUUGCUGAGUCCGCAGCAGAUCUGGGGGAGUCGACUGAGUUUGUGACUUUCACGGAACCAGUUCUGGAGAGCGAGGCAGAGAUAGUGAUGGUAGAGAUGAUCAAGGAAUCCUCUGCCGGUGAUCAGGCCGAUCCCGAGGUGCCAGUGCUGGCGCAUGUUAUAACGGAUGCUGAACCAAAUACAGACGACGCCCACGAUGGUGCCUUGGUUGUUAUAAUUCAUCCGGAAGUCGAAGAAGGCAUCGACACGGAUGUUGAGAUUUUGCCCGAGGCCCCAAUGCCUCCUGAUAGUCAGCUUUCGGAAGCCGAGGGCGAGUCUGGCGGCGAAGACGAAGAUGGAGGGGAAGAGCAACAAAACAUGAGUGGCGAAUCCACCACCGAGCCUAUAGACGGAGAGGAGGCUGAGGAAUUCCCAGCCCCGCAGGCAGCCGAUGCGAUUGAGAUGGGGGCGGCAGACGUGCCGAAUUCAGUCGAAGAAGACCCGGUGUCAGUCCUCGACAGCAGCACUGUAAAACCAGAAGCAGAAAAGGUUGAAGCGUCUGACCAAUCUGAGCCUCUCGCUGCAACGCCUAACGAUCGGGAAGACGCAACUCCUGUCUCACCUAUAGAGACGCCGGAUGCUGCCGUCGAUAUACCGCCCGCCGAUCAAGAUGCGCUCUCAGCACACGCAACACAAGAAUCGGAAACAAACUCUUCCUCCAACACGGAUCAUCCGCCUGAGGUCACAGUCGCAGAACAAGAGAGCGGAGAAGAUACUGGUGCGACCGAAGAGCAGGCUCCAACAGAACAAGAAGCAGUUGUAGUGGCUGAGGCUGGUGCACCUGAACAACUGCUAACAGAACAUGAUGCCACGACUUCGGAAGGCACAAGUCAACCUGCUGCCGACGAGCCAGCCGCUCAAGACCCCGCUGUGGAUCAAGCUGUGAUCGAAGAACCUGCUGCUGCUGAAGUCCGAGAGCCUGUCACAGACGCAGCAGUGGAAGAGCCUGCUGCUGACAAGCUCGCUGCUGAUGCCAUCGAGGAGCCUGUCAUGCCAGAACCUGCUGUUGAGCAUCAUGCUCUCCACAAGGAAGCCAGCGAACCAGUCGCUGACGACCACACGGGCACUGUGCCAUGUGAAACCAUCACGGAGCAAUCCGUUAUAAACGACCUCGAGGUCUCUGCUGGAGACAAACCACCUGAGGAAGUUGCCCAAACCACAACCGACUAUAUACCAGAAGCACCCGCCGAGACCACGGUCGAAGACCCCGAAGAAGCCAACAAUGCCGCGUCCUCAACAGAAGGGACAGUGGGUCAGGAAGAAGGAGGAACCAUCUCCAACAAGCCCUCUCUGCAAGUGCUGGUCGAAGAUGUGCAAAGCAGUUCAGCCAAAGCGUUACUCGAAGAACGAACUGCGCCAAGUCUUUCCGACCACGGAGAUCAUCAGGACCAGGAUCCGGUACCUACUGAGCCUGUUGUUGAGAAGUCGCUUGAACCUGACGAGGAACCUAGUCCAAGAUUGCCAUCUAUAGCAGGAGCUGCAGAAGAUGCACCAGAAGCUGCAGAACCAGGACCUUCUGCACCCAGCCAUGGCUUUGCUGCAAGGGAAGAAGAAAACUUCGGACCACAAGACUCUAUAUCCGAAAGAGGCCAACCGAUGGGUGAACCACAAUUGGGAUCUGUGUAUACUGAACAUCCAUUCGUAGCAGAGAUGUCCGGAGCCCUUCCUCCAAAGUCAGCUGCGCCAUCGGGAUCCAUUCCUUAUCCAACUUCAAGAGCGUCAAAUCGCGGACCACCAGCCGGCCCAGCAUCCAUCCACCCUUCAAAGGCCUCAGCCCAUGAGCCAGUAGCCUCUUCAAGCACCUCAAAGCAACCCUCCCGUGCCUCCCCACCGAAGGAUAAGAGAAGAUCGGUCCACAGCACACGCACCAAGGUCAAAGAUGUAUCUCGCCCCACAGACGAUCCAGAAGCUCCAGUCGAGAUUACUCGUCGCACCACUAUAAAGACAACUCCUCCCACCAACUUUUUAGGCAUGAGGUCUUCCGGCUCAAAACAUUCCCGCCAACCCAGCAACAUCGACGACCUCAAACGCCAAGCAGACGACCUCGCCGCCCGCGAAAAAGAAACCCGCCGCAAAAUCGCCGAAGCGGAACAACGCGCAGAAAUCGCCGACCGAGCCCGUAAGUUGCGCGAACAAGAAGCCAAACUAGCCUUCCUGCACCAAGCAGAAGCCGCCGCAGCGAAAAAAGAAGAGAGAAGGAAACGUGAGAGGGAGGAAAGAGAGUCAGAGUCGGCACGUUUGAGACAUGAAGAAGCUAAAGUGGAAUCUAGCAGGAAUACAGAACCCGAACGUGCGGCUCGAAGGCAUAGAAGAAGGCAUGGGGAUAGGGUAUCGGAGUCUCAUCGGCGACACAGGGAUGAGCGCCCUCGGGCUAGGAAACACUCGUCCUCGCACCGUGAUGAGCAGAUCAGAGAGCAGUCGCCACAACCCCAGCCAAGCUCACAGCCACAGCCACGCGAGCCACGGGAGCCAAAGGUCCGGAGGUACAGAACCGAGGAGAUAGGCACAGAGCGGAGGAGAACUGAGGUAGAAGAUGCAGGAGAAGAGGUAUAUACCCGCGAACAACCAGAGCCCUCGAGACGACCAGAAGAACGAAGACGGCGUUCUCAUAGGGAGAGCAGGAAAGAAGAGAAGCCGAAGGGAUUAUUUGGGAGCUUGAAGAGUGUGUUCAAGAAGCUUUGAAUGUAGUGUGUUGAGAUAUGGGAGAAACUACCAACGUGUGUUAUGAUAUCUGUAUCUUUGGAACGUC